AUGAAGCACGGGCAGGCCAUCGAUCAGGCCCUACGUUCACAUUGUGGCAUCUCGGGGAAGCAAUACUUCGUGGCGGUGAUACGAGAGGAUGGCACGCCGACCACCUUCUUCAGCCCGGGGCAGAAGCUCAACGACAAUGUCGUGCACCAGUUCUUCAAUCCGCGUCGAUUCCAGGAGGUAACGAGCCAUCUCGAUACAGGCCCCAACCAGUCCUUUGGCGACUUCCAACACGGUCUCGAUGCCAACCCGUACAGACGGGCAAACUACGGAAACCGGUUCCUGGAUACGGAGCGGAGGCGGGCGGGCGACGACCUGGACGACGACACCGGCAGCGCGAUACCGCGGUCGGCAGGUCGGAAGCGGCACAGGCCCGGCUCGCUCAUCGACGACGACGACGUCCCCAACCCGCCCAAGAUGCGCAGGGCCAUCAGGGUCCAGGACUCGCCGGCUCUCUGGAGCUUCUACGAUCAGCGGUUCAAGAGCUGCCAGCAGUCGGCGUGCAAGCUCAUCGCCAAGGCGUGGGUCAAGGCCGUCGAGCCCAAGAAGCAGUCCACGCAUCCGUAUACGGGGAGCGACGAGAAGGCUCCGGACUGGUGGCCCAAGCCGUGGGGGACGACCAAGGAGGACAAGGUGCGGCACAAGGAGCCGGAUCACCUGUACAAGCGGGGUGGGUUCUCUCCCCAUCUACAUGUGCGGUGGUAUCCGCGAUGUGCUGACACGGCUGCAGAACGCGUCCACCUUCUCAACCACAUCCUGAGUCUCGUGGUGGAGCCCAACGAGAGGCAACACCGAGACAUCCAGAAGCUCCAGCUCAAUGUCAAGAAGCUCGAAGAGUGCACGAACGAGGCACUGUCGGGUUUCUACGCCGAGAGCACGACGAAUGCGGGCAAGAAGCAGUUUCUCAACGAGAUCUUCAAGGUUGCCAAGCAGCAGGAGAGAUACAAGAAUGGGGAGAUUGAUGGUGCCGUCGAGGUAUACGUGCUCGACAACGACUCACGCGUCGACGAGCAGGCGUCGGAGAAUGACGGCAACUCGUUGAGCCGCGGUGACGAGGACGACCAGAACGCCUCGCCGUCGACACGCGCGGCCGCGGCGGCGCCGGCGCAGCAGAGCUUCCUCCAGACGCCGGCAGCGACUGGACAGAGCCCGGUGCCGAGCUCGCACAACGGCUCGUUCCUCAACGACCUACCGAUGCGGGCGGCGCAGCAGCCCCUGCUGCACGACAUGAGCGGCGCGCCGUCGCACCACGGUUUCGCCGAGGGCGGGAUGGCCGUCAACGGGGCGGCCGGCAUGGGUGGGGUGGAGAUGGGGGUGCCGAGCCCGCAGGACGCCAGCCGACGACCGUCGGUGUACAGCGAUUACAACAGCAACAGCAUGUACACGACGCACCACUGGCCGUCGGCGACGACCAUGGCGCCCGACACGCAGGCCAUGUACGCCGCGCAGGCGGCCAUGCCCCCGCAGACCCAGCCGUUUGUCCAGCAGCAGCAGGCCGUCUCGGUGGCGCAGCACCCGCAGUCGUACGUCGGCCACACCUUUGUCGACCACCUCCCUCGUCAGGGGUACGAUCCGACCAGCGCCCACGGGCAGAUGUUCCGUACGGGAGAGGUGCCCGCCGGCGGCGCCGCAGCCGCCGCCUCGGCUGGUCAGAACGCGGGGGGCUACAGUUACCUGUCCUCGGAUGGACGAGGAGUCGCUGCUCUACCCGGGGUGUCGGAGGUGAUUGAGUCUGUCCCCAGGGGAGUCUGA